AUGGAUCGAACACCAAUCCUCUCCUUUGCCUUCUUGCAGCUCUUGAUAAUCUUGCUGCCAGUACUUCAUCAAACGUGUUGCCGGAAUCCGGUGGCUUCCGCUGCCGGAGGCAAAUGGGCCUUACUUCAACCAAAUAUAGGCAUACCAGCCAUGCACAUGCAGCUCCUCCACUUCGACAAAGUAGCCAUAUUAGACCAAACCACUUUUGGCCCGUCUUCCAAUCUCGCUUUGCCGGGUGGGAAAUGCGUAAAUGGCCCAGUAGGAAAAGAUUGUACAGCCCAUUCUGUUGAGUACGACGUUGUUAAAAACACCUUUCGUCCUCUCACGGUCCAAACCGAUGUCUGGUGCUCUUCCGGUUCGGUGAUGCCGGACGGAACAUUCGUCCAAACCGGAGGAAAUGGUCUCGGCGGAAACGUGGUUAGAGUGCUCAAUUCUUGCCCUUCUGGAGGAUUAUGUGAUUGGAAUGAAAGACCUAAUUCUUUGUUGGCUCCAAGGUGGUAUGCGUCGAAUCAUGUUUUGCCAGGUGGCAGACAAAUAGUUAUCGGCGGUCGCGGGCAAUUCAACUAUGAAUUUUACCCGAAGACCGCCGCGACGAAUAAACUAUUUAACCUUCCUUUUCUAAGCCAAACAAAUGAUCGCGGAGCGGAAAACAAUUUAUACCCUUUGGUCAUUCAGAAUGUGGAUGGCACUUUAUUCAUUUUCGCCAACAACCGGGCUAUUCUGCUUAAUUACAAUACCGGGGCGGUUGUGAAGACAUAUCCGACUCUCCCUGAUGGUAACCCGAGGUCGUACCCGAGUACCGGUUCAGGGGUACUUUUGCCAUUGAAAAAUCUUCAAGGAAGAGUUCAAGCUGAGGUGUUGGUUUGUGGGGGUGCGCCAAAAGGUGCAUUCCAAAAUGCUGCAAGAGGUGUUUUUAUGGGCGCUUUAAACACGUGCGGUAGGAUGAGUAUAACCGAUCCGGUCCCACGAUGGGUCAUGGAAACUAUGCCUCUAGCUCGGGUUCUGGGAGAUAUGAAACUGUUACCCGAUGGCAGUGUUAUAAUAAUUAACGGGGCGGCUCGUGGAACGGCCGGGUGGGAGCUCGGUCGAGACCCGGUUCUUUCACCUGUUAUCUACAAUCCUGACGCACGUUUUGGAGCCCGAUUUACGGUACAAAACCCCUCUACUAGACCGAGAAUGUACCACUCCACGGCGAAUUUACUUCGCGAUGGCCGGGUCCUGGUAGGCGGUAGUAGCUCUCACGGUGGUUACGUUUAUAAAGGUACACCCUAUCCAACUGACUUGAGUUUGGAAGCCUUCUCGCCCUCCUAUUUGGAUCCGGCAUUUGCUCCAUUACGCCCCCAGAUCAUUUUACCUGUUUCGCAAUUCGUGAUCCACUAUAAUCAACCUUUGGUUAUUCGUUUCGUGGUUACCGGAGCGGUGAAUGUUAAUUUGGUCAAGGUAACAAUGGUUUCACCUUCUUUUACUACACAUUCGAUGUCCAUGAACCAAAGGAUGUUGGUGCUAAGUGUUGCGCAAGGUGCCAGACUUAUUGGUAAGUCAACAUAUCAAAUUACUGUCACUACGCCACCCAACAUCAAUCUGGCGCCUCAAGGGUACUACAUGCUUUUUGUGGUGCACCAAAACAUUCCUAGUGUUGGUAUUUGGGUCCAAUUGCUGUAAAAAAAAUAUGAGGAGAAUCUCCAUCUUUUACUGUCGCACAAUCCAUUUGUCUCUUCACGAUGGAAAUUAACUUGAGAGAAGAAGUUUGUAAUUAAUUAUAAAGCAG